AUGAAGUUGCACUAUAUUGGUAUCAUUAAGAACGAGUCGAAACCCGCACAUGAGUUGGUGGCCGAGAAAGAGCUUUCUGCCUAUUCGAGAUUUACGAGGAAUAACUAUGGAGAAUUCAUGACUCUCUUCAGCAAAACGGUGGCGGAAAGAACGAAGCCUGGACAACGGCAGGAUGUAGAGGAGCAAGAUUACACAUUCCAUGCCUAUGGCCGAACAGAAGGCGUAUGCGGUAUCAUAAUCAGCGACCACUCGUAUCCAGCCCUCGUAGCACAUCAACUCCUUUCCAAAGUCGUGGACGAAUUCCUCACAGCCCAUCCCCGGACCGAAUGGGCAAACUCAACACCCACGCUUGAAUUCCCAGAACUCAAAGAUUACUUGACGAAAUACCAGGAUCCCCAGCAGGCGGAUAGUAUUAUGAAGAUCCAGAAGGAGCUUGACGAGACGAAGAUUGUGUUGCAUAAGACCAUUGAGAGUGUGUUGCAGAGGGGAGAGAAGAUUGAUGAUCUAGUAGCGAAAAGUGAUGGACUGAGUGCUCAGAGCAAAAUGUUUUAUACACAAGCGAAGAAGCAGAACUCAUGCUGCGUUUUAAUGUAG